GCUAAGUGUUCGGCUAGAAAAAAAAGGCUACUAUUACAAGCACUUUGCAAAACUUCUACCCCAAAUCAUCCUAAAAGAUAAAAUGAUGGCCGUCGCUGCUGCCCAGAAGAACCGUGAAAUGUUCGCGAUCAAGAAAUCUUACAGCAUUGAGAACGGAUACCCAUCCCGGCGCCGUUCUCUGGUCGACGAUGCCCGCUUUGAGACGAUUGUGGUCAAGCAAACCAAACAAACCGUUCUGGACGAGGCCCGCGCAAAGGCCAACGACUCCACUUUGGAGUGUUCCAUUCUGCAGGCCCAAGAACAGCAUCAACAAGAAGACAAAAUUCCGCAAGAGGUUCAACAGACAGUCGAGGAUCAGGAUAAUGACGAAGAGGAAAUUCGAAUGGUCGCAGUUGAUGAGCUACCCCAGAAGCCGCAGGAACACGUUCCAAGUGCCGACGAUGAGGACAAGGAAAAAGACGCUGGGCUAACUGAGGAAGAAGUUGUACUGCAGAACGCUGCCUCGGAAUCGCCCGAAGCCGAGAAGGAGGUGGUCCGUGCCGCCGUAGUCGUCCGGCUGCGGGACGGCAUGGGAUCGCUCGGACGCAUCCUUAAGGCGGUGGAGGCGUACCACGGCACCGUGGUACAUCUCGAGUCGCGCCAGUCGCGCAGCGAGGGCGUCCAGUUUGACGUUCUCGUCAAGGUCGAUAUGGCCCGCUCCAAUCUGCUGCAGCUGAUCCGGUCCCUGCGCCAAACGCAGUCCUUCGGUAGCGUUAGCUUGCUGUCGGAGAACAACGUCAACGUGAAGGCACCGUGGUUCCCCAAGCACGCGUCCGAGCUGGACAACUGCAACCAUCUGAUGACCAAGUACGAGCCGGAUCUUGACAUGAACCAUCCCGGUUUCGCAGAUCAGGUGUACCGUGCUCGUCGCAAGGAAAUUGCCGAAAUUGCAUUCGCUUACCGAUAUGGAGACCCAAUCCCGCACAUUGACUACACGGAAACGGAAAACAAGACCUGGGCGGCCGUGUUCGGACGCGUGAAGGAGCUGAUGGUGAAGCACGCCUGCUCCGAGUACAUUGCCGUCUUCAAGAAGCUCGAGGAUGAAAAGAUUUUCGUGAAGGAGCGCCUUCCCCAGCUGCAGGAAAUGAGCGAUUUCCUGCGCAAGAACACCGGAUUCACGCUCCGACCGGCCGCUGGUCUGCUGACGGCUCGCGAUUUCCUCGCUUCGCUGGCGUUCCGCAUCUUCCAGAGCACGCAGUACGUGCGACACAUCAACUCACCCUACCACACACCGGAACCUGAUUGCAUCCACGAACUGCUCGGUCACAUGCCGCUGCUAGCCGAUCCGAGCUUCGCCCAGUUCUCGCAAGAAAUCGGAUUAGCCUCGCUCGGUGCCUCGGAUGAGGAAAUUGAAAAGCUCUCGACGGUGUACUGGUUCACGGUUGAGUUCGGUCUGUGCAAGGAAAAGGACGAGGUCAAGGCUUACGGUGCCGGUCUGCUGUCCGCUUACGGUGAGCUGCUGCACGCCAUCAGCGACAAGCCCGAGCACCGCCCGUUCGAGCCCGCCUCGACCGCCGUACAGCCGUACCAGGACCAGGAGUACCAGCCGAUCUACUACGUCGCCGAGAGCUUCGAGGAUGCGAAGGAGAAGUUCCGCCGCUGGGUCUCGACCAUGUCGCGACCGUUCGAGGUGCGCUUCAACCCGCACACCGAGCGCGUGGAGGUGCUCGAUUCGGUCGACAAGCUGGAAACGCUCGUCUCGCAGCUGAACACCGAAGUGCUGCACCUUACGAAUGCCAUCGCUAAGCUGAAGCAGCCAUUCUGCUAAGUCUCGCACGGUCCCAGCGGCCACUCCCCAAACAGCAGCAUGUGAUCUGAUGCGUGUGUGUGUGUGCGUGUGAGCGUGAGAGAAAGAACGAGCGAACGAACGAGAAUAGGAGCGAGU